UUAUAUAUUAAUUCAACUCCCUUUCUCAGCUGCUACUUCAUUUUCUCAACCUCCCUGUCACCUCUCUCUCUCUCUCUCUCUCACUACAUCUUUUCUACCAAAGCUCCCCUACAAAUCCAUUCAGAGCCACCUCCAGCCGUUGCUGACAGUUCACCUAGGAUUCAACAAACUUGCUGUUUAAGGGUAGGAUAUCCCUCAUAGCAGGUGGGACUUGCUCCAAAAUGGGAAGGCACUCUUGCUGUUAUAAGCAGAAGCUAAGGAAAGGCCUUUGGUCACCUGAGGAGGAUGAAAAGCUUCUGAGGCAUAUUACCAAGUACGGCCAUGGGUGUUGGAGCUCUGUCCCUAAGCAAGCUGGUCUGCAAAGGUGCGGGAAGAGCUGCAGAUUGAGGUGGAUCAAUUACUUGAGGCCUGAUUUGAAGAGAGGCACAUUCUCACAGGAGGAGGAGAACCUUAUAAUUGAACUUCAUGCAGUUCUCGGGAAUAGGUGGUCUCAGAUUGCAGCACAAUUGCCUGGAAGAACCGACAACGAAAUAAAAAAUCUCUGGAACUCUUGCUUAAAGAAGAAGCUCAGGCAGAGAGGCAUUGACCCCGUCACCCACAAACCACUUUCCGAGGUUGAAAAUGGAGAAGACAAAGAUACAGCAGGCAAAAGCCGAGACAAAAUGUCGGUGGUGUCUAAUGAACUGAAUCUCCUCAAGACAGACAAUUCAAAGCAAGAGGCAGCUUUACUUGAGCAGAGACCAUCUUCAAUUGCAGCAGCACAAGGCUGCUACCCAUUGGAAGUUCAGGGUCCUUCCAGCUCCAAGACAACAAACUGCAGGAAGAAAAACAACAAUUUGAUGACAAACACACCUAGCAAGGACUUCUUCCAAGAUAGGUUUGUAACAUCCCACCAAGAAAGUUCCACCAUCGACUGCCAGGCUUCAGAUUUUGUGGGGCAUUUUCCGCUUCAGCAAUUGAAUUAUGCAUCCAAUGCCAGGCUCCCCGCAACCUCAAACCCCAUUCAGUGGUUCACCCAAACUGGGAGAACAUUUGAUAUGAAUUCCGAGUUCACCUCCAACGCAAUAUCUGUUCUUUCACCUUCAACCAGCUCAUUUCUUCAAACGUCUAUUGGUUACAAGCCUCCACCACUUACUUUUCCCUCCGAUAAUGUAUCCAUCAACUCUUUCGCAGUGAAUGGAUCCCGUUACUGGGAACCAAGUGCCACCAACAACAACAGCAAUUGCAGCAGUGGAAGUAGUAGCAGCGCUGAGUUGCAAAGCAACAGCUCGUUGUUGGAGAACAGCUUGUUUUCUUGGGGAUUGGCCGACUGUAGCACAUCAAACAAAGACACCCAAAUCCAUCUGAUGGAAAGCCAACAACCGGAAGACAUGAAGUGGUCUGAAUAUUUUAAUAACCCAUUAUUGAUGGCGGCUGCUUUACAAACAACUCAAACUCCACAGUCUUUGUACAGCGAGAUAAAAUCAGAAUCGCAUUUGGUAAACGAUAGUUUAAGUGCUAUGUGGCCUCAUAACAAGCAGCAAGGUCCUUUACAAUCUUCUGAUAUAUGUGGUAAGGAUAUCCAAACGCUAACUGCGGCCUUUGGACAUACUUAGCAAGCCAUUAUUAACAUGUCGAGCCUCUGGUCAGCGGCGGAAGAACAAAACUGCAGAAUUUCAGUUACAAGAGGCUUCAAAUCCUAGCCUGUUUUCUUUAGUACAGAUGUGUGCCACAUAUUCUUCUCUUGUAUAUAGGUCAGAAUACAGAACAUUUUCUCAGCCUCUGGGUUUGAUAUAUUUGUGAGGAAACAUUCUUGCUAUUACCUUUUUCUUUCUUCUUUUGUGUGAGGUAGAAUUGCAAAACAAGGCUUGGCUUGUACCGGUGUCUUUUACUCUUCUUUUUUGUUUUUCCUCAAUGCAUAUGCUCUCUAUAAUGUUGCAA